AACCACAGUUUUUCUUGACUGAUUUUUUGCUGUUUUUGAUGGACGACUGUUGAUCGACCAGAACAUUUUGAAUUGAAUUUAUUCUUGUUAAAAUAAUUUCUGAAUAAAUAAUGGGCAUUGUGCGGUUAGUACAUUCACUCAGGAAUAGAAAGGACACGCUGUCACGGUUCGUCAUCAAGUCCACCCUUGUAGGCGGUGUCGUUUACUACAGCGUUCACCAAGGUCUGUGGUCCAAAUCUGAGGACAGCGUGCAGUUAUAUGGGAGGAUCUAUAAUAAUAUCGCACCUUACGUUAAGGACAAUAUCCCUAAGGAAGUCAUCAAUGAACUACCACCGUUGCCAAGUACCAGUGACAUCUCCAAUUCUCUCAAAUCAUCAUGGAAUAAGGGAGUCAUAGCGAGCAUGAAAUUCCUGUCUGAGACUCCAACUCAUGUGACCACUGGUGUGCAGAAUAUUUCAGAAAUUAUACGAGGUUACAUAGAACAACAAAGCGUAUCUGAGAAAAGUCAAUAGCGUUUUCUAAUCCUAUAUUGUGGAUUUUAGGAGAAUUAUAUUUAACAUUAUUGAAUAUCAUUGAACUGUUAGCUUUACUGCUAUGUUAAUUUAUACAUCUAUACAGUAUACACUAUU